AUCAGCCUUAUCGACUCUGCGAUAACUUCACGAAGCUUAGAUCAUCUUCGACCGCAACCACACGAUGAAUCCCCAGUGCCUACGAGCUCUGCCAAGAGUGCCCCCCAGCGUAUCCGCUGCGUUGCACCAUCCACCCCGCCCCGAGCUCACUCGACUCUACGCCACACAGACCGGUCCACGGCCAAAGCGGAGAAACAUCACAGUCCUCUCAGACGAUGGGCGAUACGAGUGGGGUGAACUAAGUGGGCGGGAGAAAGUUUCGCGGGCGACACAGCAAUCAUUCAACUUCGUGGUUGUCUUGGCCGGCGCUGCCCUCACGGGCGGUGUUUUCUAUCUUCUCUACACAGACGUUAUUUCGCCGAAUAGCCGGACGUGGCAGUACGAGAAAGCCGUUGAGCGUGUCAAGGAAGAUCCGCGGUGCAUAAAGCUUCUGGGUGAUAGGAGGGAGAUCAGGGCGUUUGGAGAGACCACGAAUAGUCGUUGGGCGCGGAAUCGGCCUAUCGCAUCCACUAUUGAGAAAGACCGACUAGGUCGUGAGCACCUUCGGAUGAAUUUCCACGUCGAGGGUCCACUCAACUCCGGCGUCGUAUUCGUGCACAUGAUCAAGCCCUUGGAUAAGAACGAGUGGGAGUAUCAGCUCCUUGCUUUGGAUGUGAAGGGUCAUUCCCGAAUCAUCCUGGAGAAGGCUACUGAGAAACCUAGUGUCGCCAGCUCAUUGAAGCUCUUCGGCAUUCAGUGGCGCUAAAUUGCGUCCUAAUAGGCUCCUUCAAUCUUUUCUCAACAUUCUAUUCGCAUCUGGCCUACUUGCAGUGCCUGAAGAGGCGCUUCAAAAGUUCGACUCGUUGUUGAGUCAGCUCCUGGGGACACGUCUUGAGGAGAAUUAUUGUUGAAUUCCUCUAUGGCUCGAUUCAUCUUUAUUCGGCUCGCGCACAUCUUUUGUACUUUUAGGGCAGGCCGUUAGCCACCCAUUCAUAAGCUUUAACAUAUUCGAUGUAUUAUACAUUCCGCUACGAUUGGCCCGAAGUCGUUGUAAAAUUGUGGCGCAAUCAAACAAAUACCCAUUCAUCUUUCCCUAUAUUGUAAGGUACCAUUGCGUGCAGCUAAACUUCAAAC